CGCGCUGACGUCACAGCCUCGCGAGAUGAGACUUGAGACGCUGGGAUUAGUUGUGCGGCAAGAGUGAAGGCGCUAGACGUUUAUUGGCGCUGCGGGACUUUUAUGCGGUCAUCCGGGAACUGCGGGAAAAGCGGGAGUGUUGGGCGGUGUCCCAGAGGCUGAUCUGGAAAUAUAACAGGAGCCACAUUCUGAAGGUCCCCUGAAAGCAAUGAAAAGCCCGUCAGUUACACUUAAUGAUGGAGGUUUCUCUGAGACUGAACCAGAAAUAUUGCAGAUAAAAAUCGAGAAAGAACCGGCCAACGAUGUUCAUUUAGACAAGAGCUCCAGCGCUUCCGUUACGUUUAUAGAUGAAGCAGGGUAUCCAGAGACUGAACCAGAAGCAUUACAGAUAAAAACAGAGAAGGAUGUGCUGGAUUCUGAAGACUAUCUGAACAUAAUAAAAAGCCCUGAAUUAUCCUAUGCUGAUGGGGAGCUGACGAAAUCCAUGAUUUCCUGCGGGCGGGAAGUGGAAGACUUUUCCUUUGGCAAAAUGAGUGAAAGUUACCAACCUGAAAAGCUGUGGCAAAGUCAUCAAAAUGAGCUGGCUCACCACCGCUCUUCGUACUUGUCCAGCAGGCCGUUUUGCAGCAGGCUGAACAUCAAUACCAAACUGCUGAUCCACGAGGUACAGCAACGACCCGCACUGUUCAACAAGACUUUUCCAGACUAUGGAGACAAGUACAAAAAGAAAAUAUUGUGGGAUGAAGUGUGUGAAGUUCUGAUCCCAGAUUGGUAUGAACUUAGCAAGAAGGAGAAAGCAGAAAGAACGAAAGAAGUCCAGAAGAGAUGGCGGUCACUGAAGGAUUGCUUUAGAAGAGAGUUGGCUGCUCAGAAGAAAGCCAGAAAAAGCGGCUCCUCCCCGUCUAAAAGAAAAAUCUACAUUUAUUUUGAUGAUCUUUUAUUCCUGUUACCCACCAUGGAAGCUAAACCCGCUUCAGGAAACAUUUAUACAGAUGACAGCGACGAUGAAUCCACCUCAGGACAAGUAGCGUCGUGUGAUAUUGAAGAACUGUCCCAGCAAUCUCCCAUAAACCGAGCGCCCAAAAUGCCUUCUGGGAAACACGCCAAAAAGCUGAAGAACGUCCCAGACUGUGUGGCGGAUAAAGAGACCAUCACCAUCGCCGAGUCUUUCAAGUACGUCCGGGAGAAGAACUACGAGAGCGACCAAGAUGAAGACCGACUCUUCCUACUCUCCCUGGUGUCGGAAUUUAAAAUGAUUCCCCAACACAGGAAAACCAAGGCCAAAAUACAGAUCUUGGAACUGUUACAAGGUUACGCAGAACCUCACAUGUACAAUGGACCCACACACCAGUACCUGCCUCACUACCCCCCUCACUAUCAGCAGUACCCCAAAACAUACGAUCACCCCAUUCCACAGAGCUCCUCCCCAAACAUUCCACAGCCCUGUCCCGCCUACACCAGACAAAGCUCCUUCUCUCCAGUCGACAGACCAACAUAAAAGUCGAUUUCCCCUAGAUCUCACGCCUAUUAUAAAUUAUUGUCAUAUUUUAGUUUAUUUUUGUAUUUUUAAUACUUAUUUCCUUUGAUUCUUAUAAACUGUAUUACUAACCGGUUAUGUUUGUGGGGAACACAAACGGAAACAAACAAAAAAAAAAAACGUGCGUUAUUU